AGCACGGGGCGUUCCACUAGUUUAUUUUAAAACAGAAAUGUAACCAGAGUUCAAUAUGAUUAAGAACAUUGACAAGCAAUUAUAAAGCAAAAACUCUAAACCGUUUAAUGUAAGUAUUAAAAAGCUAUAGUAUUAAAAUUACACGGUUGUUUUAUCUUUAUAAUUGCAAGGGUAUAGAUUAUGCUCUUUUGUCAGAGGUGGGAUGUCUGACCGUCAAAUAGACUGUUAAAGGUCAUUAUUCCUUAUCUUACUCGUCUGGUCAAUAUUAUCGACCCUGACAGUAGUGCAAGAGGUUCCAUGGUUGAUUCACGAUUGUUCCCAUAGAAACGUCGCUGGCGAUCGAAUCGUGGCCGCGUGUUCCUUUCGUAUUUGAUACGGUACCAUAUGUGUGUAUGUAUCAGGUAAAGCCUUGUACAGUCUUGCAGAGUUACCGCAGUCUCAAAUAUUGACAUGACCUGUGAUGAACCUCAGCACCGUCUUUUGACAUCCAAGGAUUUCGAACCCAACGUUCGCGCCGGAAGUGGUGUCACACUUGAAGAUCAACCGGUUCGUUGCUCCUCGAAGCAAGAAAACGGGAGAUAGAUGUAGAUAAUGGCCUUCCAGUUGGAUGAUCUCCUUAAAGAAGACAAAAAGGAUGCAAAUUUAUUGCCUGACUUAAGUAAAGCAACCUGCAACUCUCAAGAGGAGUUCAAACGUCUUUUAGAGAAUUGUCCUGAAUUUAAAAUUAAACCAGAAAAGGUAAAAAAGGAUGAUACUAAAGUGCGCGACAAAGAAUUUUCUUGGAAGCCAACUAAAAAGGAAUUAAAAGCAUUUGCAAGAGAAUGGAACUAUGGGAAUCCAAUACCCCCAGACAUGAGAGGCUUGAAUCUUCAUGAAUUACAGCAGGUUGCUAUUGACUGGAGAAUGUUAACACCUAUCAGACCGAAACACCGACAAGAUGAAGAAAUGUUCUCAAGAUUGGUGGAAAUGGGAAAGUUGGAAGCGAAAACGAUCGCUAAAGAACGACGAUCAAACGUAAGUCCUAUCAGACGUAGCAAAAAUCGAGCGGGUGUAAUUGAGAGCAGCGUAAAAAUUUGCACAGAAUGCGGAGACGAAUAUUGUUUCGGUGAAUUCUGUGGAGAUAUUUUAUACGAUUCGUACGUAAGGGUGACUGUGACCACCCAACAACCGAAAGUAAAGGUAUCAGCUGAUACCGAAGCGAUAAUAGCUAAUCUAGAUCGCAAAAAGAAGCAUAAGAAAAGGAGAAAGAUUAAGAGUAAAAUUAGAAAAAGUACCAAGGUAUUGGUUCGAAGCAAAGGAAAGAAGUCUACGAAUAGUGAUUUGGGGAGGAAAAACAGCAAAACCUUGAUAGAUGAUAAUGACAGCGAUUCGAAACCAAUUAAACCAUUCAAGAGAAAAUGUAGUAAAUACACUAAAAAAGGACUACGAAAAUUAUAAUACACUACGGACAAAUUUUCAAUUUCUUAAAACAAAUAAAGGUACUAUGUAGUAUACUUCAGUAGACUGUUGGAGAACAUUAUCGUAAUUGUAAACGUAGAUGGUAUUUGUAAUUGUAAAUGUAAACUCUACUUGUCAUAAUAAUCCAGUAGAAUGGUGGAGGACUAAUUGAUGAAAAAAACAAAAUGGAAAAACAA